AUGGCUAUAGCUGCAACUUUGGGUUUCAGGAACUUUUUAUCCUCCUUGAUAGACAAAUUCAAGCCCUCUGUCGAUACAUACAAUCUGGACGACGAGAUUGUCUACAAUGAUCCAAAUGCAUGCCCACUACAUGGCUACUUCCUCGAAUGGCGCACAUGCAUACACUACGAUAUCAUCGUGCUUAACGGUCGAAAUUCAGUAGCAAGUUUCGUGGACCUCGGCCCCGAAGUUAGCGGAGUCUUUCAUCCAAAUUACGCAAACAAGGGGCUCAAAAACCGGCCGACCCUACAGCCGAAAGCUGAGCGUGAUCAACAGCGUCCUAAAGCCCCGGCCAUCUCCAACGCCUACGCCCACGCGGACGAUACAUAUCACCCCACUACAUCUGACGGCCGCAACGAUUACUCUGAGAGUUCUCAGAGCUUCAUUGGAGACGCAAUCGUCUGCAGAAAAAGGCGAGGAAUAAACCAAGGACCAAGACAGGUGGUGAUGAGAAUGACAUAG